UUAAGCGAAAUUAAGCGCAGAGGAGAGACAGCUGAGAAAUUCACCUCCACAUUUACCCGAUUAAUAUCAGUUUUUCGGACUCAAGGUUUGUUCGCUUUUUUGGCUCCGCGCUGAGCAAGUUGUGACGUCGGUUAGCCUAGUGGCCUCUGAAGCUAACAGUCAAAGAAGGAAACGACGGAAUAAAGGAAAUCUAAUUCCUAGAUUGUCCACGUUAACCCCAUCAAAGACAAAGUACGUAUACUCUCCGUUACUGGGAUUUUGUGUUUCCGCUGUAGGAACCAGUGAACUAGACAAUGGGGUCGUCAAAGAAACACAAGGAAAAGAGUCGCGAUAAAGACACAGAGGAGCGCCGUCGCGAGCACAAAAAACAUCGCCACAAGGACCGAGACGCUUCGGAUCGGGAUGGAACACGGGAUAAAGAAAAACGUAAGCGCUCCAGGUCCAAGGAGAGGAGUGGACGAGAUAGCCGCAGCAAAGGUGAAAAGGGCAGCGGUGAGCCACGCGUGAAAAAAGAGAAAGUUGACAUUGGAUAUGAAGAGAGCAAUGCUGAAGUACAACCCCAAUCUGCGAGCGGAGAUGCUUCACUCAGUAUCGAAGAAACAAACAAACUUAGAGCGAAGCUGGGUUUGAAGCCCCUGGAGUUAAAUGAGAACAAGAAGGAGCUCGGUACCAAAGAGGAGCCGAUGGUGGCCGCGACCAUUAACCCUGUAAUCAUCAAACAGCAAAAAGAGAUGAAAGAGAAGCUUGCCGCUAUGAAAGAAAAACGCAUCCUGAACCAGAAAUUGGGCAAAGUUAAGACUUUGGCUGAAGAUGACUGGCUAGAUGACACAGCUGCUUGGGUAGAAAGAAAUAGAAAGGUGACCAAAGAAAAGGAAAUGGCAGAGAAAAGAGCCAAACUUCUGGAGGAGAUGGACCAGGAGUUUGGUGUCAGCAGUCUCGUGGAGGAGGAGUUUGCACAAAGAAAAAAGGUUGCCUACUCAUCCCGAGAUUUGAAGGGACUCAAAGUGCAGCACAAAGUGGACUCAUUCACCGAGGGCCAGACUGUCAUCCUAACCUUGCAGGACAAAGGUGUACUUGAGGAGGAGGAAGAUGUGCUUGUAAAUGUGGGGCUGGUAGACAAGGAAAAAGCUGAAAAGAAUGUGGAGUUGAAAAAGAAAAAGCCAGAGUACAAGCCCUAUGAAGAAGAGGAGAGUGUGGAUGACAUGGUUACAUUAAAGUCCCACUCUGUUCUUUCAAAAUAUGAUGAGGAAAUUGAGGGCGAAAAGAAAAAGAGUUUCCGGUUGAAUACUGGGGGCUUUGCUGACGGGAUGCGAGAGCGGGAGCUUCAGGUCAUGAGAGAGACUCUGCGAAAUCAGGCCCAGUCCUUGGAAAUGCCAGCACUCGCCAUCGCCUCAGAGUAUUACACACCUCAGGAAAUGGUGGGCUUUAAAAAGACAACACGACGUGGGAAGAAGAUCAGGAAGAAGGAAAAGCAUUCAUCUGCAAAGGAACUACAACUUGAUGACACUCGCAGCUCUGAUUUUGGUUCCAGGACACGCGGUCGAGGCCGCAAACAGCUAGAUGAUGAUGUCGAGGAAGUAAAGUUGGAGGAUAGCAAACCACCACAAGAUAUCCCCCAGAUGUCUGAUGACAUCAGGAUGGCAGAAAUGGAUAUAAGUGACGAUGAAGACUUUGUCAUUCCUGAGCCUGCUAUAAUUGAGGAGGAUGAGGCAGAGCAGGAGCUUCAGAAACAGCUGGAGAAGCAGAGGAAGCUGAAACAAAAGCAGCUUCUUAAGGACUCUGGGGAGAAGGUGGCAGAGCAGAUUAAAGUGCUUGAUAAAGGUGAGGAUGACAAUGAUCCUGAAAAGAGAAACAACAUUGUCUUCAAUGCCACCUCAGAGUUUUGCAGGACUCUUGGUGAUAUUCCAACUUAUGGGCUGUCAGGCAACAGAGAAGACCAAGAAGAAAUUAUGGACUUUGAACAGACAGAAGAGAAAGACGAGGCUGGAGAUUCAGAUUCAGAAAUUGAUGAAAAUGUUGGAUGGAGCACAGUCAACUUGGAUGAAGAGAUAAAACAACCUGACUUUGCUACAGCUUCAGCCACCAUUUUGGACGAAGAGCCCAUUGUCAACUCUGGCCUUGCUGCUGCUUUGCUGUUGUGCAAAAAUAAAGGUCUGUUGGACACUCAAAUGCAGAAAGUAGCUCGUGUCAAAGCUACAAAGGGUGCUCUACCCAAUGAUAACUACUGCAUUGAGGACAAGAUGGGCUUUGAUGAUAAAUACAGUCGCAGAGAAGAAUACAGAGGGUUCACACAAGAUUUCAAGGACAAAGAUGGGUACAGACCUGAUGUCAAGAUUGAGUAUGUAGAUGAGUCUGGGAGGAGACUUACUCCAAAAGAAGCUUUCAGACAGCUCUCACACAGAUUCCAUGGGAAAGGGUCUGGAAAGAUGAAGACUGAGAGGAGGAUGAAAAAGCUGGAAGAGGAGGCACUGCUGAAAAAGAUGAGCAGCAGUGAUACUCCGCUGGGGACUGUGGCUUUGCUUCAGGAGAAGCAGAAAUCCCAGAAAACACCCUAUAUUGUGCUAAGUGGCAGUGGGAAAAGCAUGAACGCGAACACCAUCACUAAAUAAGUAAACCGUGGAAAGUGAAUAAUCUUAUCUAGUACACUUUCUCACAGAUGUUUUAAGUAGUGUAACUGCUACAAUUUCUUGGCUUAGUUCAUACAAGCGUCAUUGUUGUAGUGUGGUAAUGUUGAAUAAAAUGAAUAUAAGUAAGACAUGUUUUUUUUUUUUUACAUUUGAAUUUUCAAAAUUAAGUAACUCGGGGCAUAACAAAGUACAAUAUUCCCUUCAUGAAAACAUGUAGUUGAUUGUGCAGUGUUAGUUUAAUUUUUAUGCAUCUGUUAAUUUCAUGAGAGCUGUUGCCUUGCAUGGUCAUUUAACUACAAAUGAGUGGGAACAGAAACAAUUUGAUAUGUAUUUGCUAUCAUGAGUGGCAAAAGUUGAUGACAAUUUUCAUUCAGCUUUAUGAUGUGAUUUACAACAGAAAUAAAAAUACAUAAAAUAUA